UCUCAAAUAUUUAAUAUCACAUUCUUCAACGUUCAUAAACAGACCAAGUUCUUUAAUUUUCUCACGAUCACACCUUCACUUUCACCUCCCAACAACAAUGGCUUACGUGACUCCUGCAAGCUCUUUCUGUAGCUACCUCAAGUUUCCCUCCAAACCCAACAAUGGUAGAAGUAGCUUUUACUCUUUCCCUCGCAUUCUGUUCUGUCAGAAGCACCAGGAUGAUGUUCCCACCGACCAAAUCCACCGAAGAGCACUCAUUUUGAGAAGCAGUGAAAUAGCGACCAUUGGUGCUAUCUUCAACUUCAGUGGGAAAAAACCUGAUUACCUUGGAGUGCAGAAAAAUCCACCGGCAUUAGCUCUGUGUCCAGCAACUAAGAAUUGUGUAUCAACCUCUGAAAAUAUCAGUGAUCGCACACAUUAUGCUCCUCCUUGGAACUAUAAUCCUGAAGGCAGGAAAAAUCCUGUGAGCAGAGAGGAAGCCAUGGAGGAACUGAUAGACGUGAUUGAAUCAACAACACCAGACAAAUUUACUCCAAGGAUAGUUGAAAGGAAAGAAGAUUACAUCCGUGUGGAGUAUCAAAGCUCAAUCUUGAGGUUUGUGGAUGAUGUUGAGUUUUGGUUUCGACCUGGCAAGGGUUAUACUGUGGAGUAUCGAUCUGCAUCUCGGGUGGGAAACUUUGAUUUUGAUCUGAAUAGGAAAAGAAUAAAGGCACUGCGACAAGAGUUGGAGAAGAAAGGAUGGGCAUCUCAAGACACAAUAUGAUGAAUAAACUAAGGCACAAGUCACAUCAUCGUCUUCAUCUUCGCAAACAUUAUUUCAUAGACUGUGUGUGACCUUCUACACUUUAGUAAUUGAAAUGAAAUCUCACAGGAUCAUCAUUGAAAGCAAUAUUUUGUUUCAUGAUUAGAAUUGUGGAAAUCAUUGAAAAUUGUGGCAAUCUUGGAAACAUGCUUACCAAGAUGUAAAACCUUGGUAAGACACUAUCCAAAUGGGUAUAAGAUGAUGAAUUCUAAGAUGUGGUUAGAGAGAGACUCUUAUUGAAUAAAUCCAGCUAUACUCAAUCACAAGAAAAUCACAAGAAAA